ACAACAGGCUUCCAUGGCAAUGGAGACGUUUGGGAUGAUGCUUAAGUCUUGUCUGUUGAUAAUGUUUGUUCUCGUUCUUUCCUUGCAAGUAUUGCCCUCUCUUUGUUACACUUCAUUUGUGUUUGGAGACUCCUUGGUUGAUGCGGGAAACAAUGACUAUCUCUUUAGCCUCUCAAAGGCUGAUUCUCCUCCUUAUGGCAUCGACUUCACGCCUUCUGGUGGACAACCCACUGGCAGAUUCACCAAUGGAAGAACCAUAUCUGAUAUUCUAGACGAGGCUCUUGGGGCCAAGUCAUUUCCUCUGCCUUAUCUUGCACCUACCACUAAACCUGAGGCAUUUCUCCGAGGACUAAAUUAUGCGUCUGGGGCUUCAGGAAUAUUGGAUAAAACAGGGAGCUUGUUUAUAGGGAGAAUUCCACUAAGGGAGCAGGUAGACUCUUUUGAGCAAAGCAGGAGUCAUAUGGUGAAUAUGAUAGGAGAGAAAGCUACAAUGGAAUUGUUAAAGAAGGCAAUGUUCUCAAUAACAACUGGAUCAAAUGAUAUGCUCAACUAUAUCCAACCUUUAAUACCAUUUUUCGGAGAUGACAAGAUUUCCGCUACAAUGCUUCAAGAUUUCAUGGUUUCCAACUUGACUAUACAGCUUAAGCGACUGCACAAGUUGGGGGCUAGAAAGCUCAUUGUAGUUGGGGUUGGACCACUUGGAUGCAUACCAUUUGUACGCGCCAUCAACUUGUUACCAAGUGGAGAAUGUGCGGUCGAGGUGAAUGAGAUGGUCCGAGGCUACAAUAAGAAACUGAACCGGGUGCUGGAUCAUUUGAACCAAGAGAUGGAGCCAGAAACCAUCUUUGUAUAUGCGAAUUCCUAUGACAUAGUCAUGGGGAUUAUACAAAAUCAUCAUGAAUAUGGAUUUGUCAAUGCAGGGGAUCCAUGUUGUGGCGGAUAUUUGCCUCCAUUUGUUUGCUUCAAGGGGCCUAAUGCAAACACAAGUUCGGUUUUGUGCGAUGAUCGAUCCAAGUAUGUGUUUUGGGAUGCAUACCACCCCACAGAAGCUGCAAAUAGAAUCAUGGCGAGAAAAUUACUCAAUGGUGAUGAAAGCAUUAGCUACCCAAUCAACAUCGGCAACCUUUACAACUACAAACCCUAGAACAGGCAGAAAGUAUUCAGCAGAAGGGUAAAAAAAAUUAAUAGUUGUGUAUCAACCUGUUCCCAAGAUAUCAUUUGGUAUAUAUAGAUAUUUGAGCAGUGUAUUUCUGUAA